UGUUCCGCUUGUAACUGAGUUGUAAUGUUCUGCUGAUUUUGAUAUUUUACUGAUUUCAAUACCAUCCGGUUAUUUUUAAUUCUGGCGGAUUUUAUUUCUCUCCCUCCGGGAUUGUGUUUCUAACCCGUUUGUCCCUCUCCUGUUGUCCCCCUGUCCCCGGCUCUGAGCGGAUCCCUCUCUCGGGGAAUGGAUGGAAAGGAGCUGCAGGGACACAACUUACAGAAACUACUCCUGUUGCUCAAUGUUGUUGCUGCUGUUUCAGGUUACUCACCUGUCUCAGUUUCUGGGUUCCUUGGGGAGCAGGUUGUACUGCCCUGUACCUACAAAGGGAAUGCCCCAGUCUCUGAUUUACUGGUGAUCUGGGAGACAGCCAAGGGUGAAAUUUUGCAGAAGUUCAUCACUCGGAACAAUGAUUUGACAGAACAAGGUCCACAAUUCAGAAACAGAACAAACCUGUUCAAAGAUCAACUGGGACAAGGCAACUGGUCAGUUCUGAUCUCUGACCUCAGGGAGUCAGACCAGAACCAGUAUUUAUGUGACAUUCACAAGAGGAUAACUGUGGGUUAUAUAACAGAGCAAACUGAUAUCAUCCAUCUUUCUGUGACAGAGCGAGAUCAAACACCUGUACCGACCACGCCUGUACCAGGAGUACGGUCUGGAUUUGAAAUUGGAAUUGGAGUUCUUGUUGGUUUUUUUGCUGGAGUUUUGCUUUCUGGAAUUGUGGUUUGCGUAUUCCAAAAGCGACAAAAAUGGAAUUGUGUUCAAAAUCAACACUCCAACAAUCAGAAUGAAGGACCUAAUGAUGUCCUUUGACAGAGGUAACCUAUUGAGGUGAAGCACGGGGCCUUGUGACAACAGCACCUGAGCAUCGGAUGGAGCGGCUGGAGAACAAAACCUUCUGGGGACCAGGACUGCCCAGCACUAACUGACCUUCCACUUCACUGAGCCUGGGUCAGGGAGCGGAAAAUCAGCCCAGUAUUUGUGGUUAUCAAGUGAUUCCUGGUGGAAAGGCUGAGCUCAGGAUUGGGACCAACAAUCACUUCCCAUUUUGCACAAACGGGAGGGAAACUCAUUGUGGAAGUAUUUUCCCUUUACUGGAAAAGUAGUCCAAGUAUUUCAAACUCUCAGGAACAUACAGGACAAUCUUUAGCUGUGUAACCCAUUAAUCACUCCGUGUGAGAUGGUAACUUCCAAAAAAUCCUAUUGAUGAGUGAGUGGGAGCAUCAGGCAGUUUCUGGUGAAUGUAUUCACUUGUUCUCAGUGUGGAUGAUGCUGCCAGGGCCCCAUUUAUUGUCCAUCACUACUUGAAGCACUGCAGUCCUUGUAGUGAUGCUGCUCCCAUGGAGGUAAAUGUGGAAAGAGGCUUCAGAAAUUCCCUCUGCAUCUGGCCAAAGGUAUGCUGAUAUAUCCUUUUCUUUCAAUCUUACUUUUCCGUUAUAUUUUUAGAAUGGUUAUUAACACAAUGAAGUUUUAGUUUCAACUCUGGUCAUAUUAGUCAAUGGAUAUAUUAAAUAUUUUAUAUGUAUUAUGCAGACAUAUUUAUAUUUAAAUGGUACUUUUCUUUUGGAAUUAUUAUUACAUUAUUAUCAGUGCCUGUUUUAUAUCCAGAAUUUUGAUUCUAACUGGUUUACAGAUUAAAACUGCCUGUGACCAAAAAUUAUGCGUUUGUAUAUUUGACUCUCGCUUUAAUCCACAGUUUUUAAUGCAAACCUUGGACAGGUGGAGUCAUGGAAUGAUAGAGGGGAGGCCAUUCAGCCCAUCAUGCUUGUAGUGACUUUAUAUCCAUUUAGACCUAAUUCCCCGCUCUUUCCACCAGACCCCUGCAAUUAUAUCCCCUUCAAGUAUUUGUCCAGUUCCCCUUUGAAAGUUCCUAUUGAAUCUACUUCCACAGCCCUUUCAGGCAGCACCUAAUCACACUUCAGAUGUAUGCAUUAUUAUUGGGAUAAAUUUGCUGAAUUUGUAUUGAAUCACAGAUAUUCAGCUGUGGAAUUUUUAACUGUCAGUAAAUAAAUACUGAAUUUUAUAAAAAGCCUCCCAUUCACAAAUUGGAGAGCGGUAACACUU